AUGGCCGCGUCGCCCUGCGACCGCUUUUUUGUCUUUUCCAAACUUCCGCUGGAAAUCCGCCUGCUGAUAUGGCGUGCCGCGCUGCCCGAUGUUGACGGGCCGGUCUUGCUGCCCUACAAAACGGGCUGUUUGCGGAUACCACGCCCCUCGAUCUCCGAUGAGGGCUACGACGCAACCGCGGGAAACAGGUUGCACAUGGACUUUUGUCACAACCUGCUGGACAAGGCCCUGGUUACGACGCCUCUGGCUUCCGUCAAUCGAGAGGCCCGCGGCGCGUCUCUAUCCUGGAUGCGUCGGGAGAUCAAGGCCACAGAAGUGCGCCUUGGCCGGGACAACAACAACCUCUGCAGCUCUUUCGCGAGACCCUUCGACCCAGGCCACGAUGCGCUCUACGUUGGAACGGAUAAGCUGCAUGACUUUUGCGUUGAGCCGUACGACAGCCUCACCCAGCCAGAUAUCGCGGAGCUCCAGGUCAGCGUCAGUCCAUGUCUGGUCCCCACGACCCUCGCAGUACCCGAGGCCGUUUUCCGCCGCGACGGGGUCGCCUUGUUCGAGAUCCUCCAGUGGUAUUCCGGGAUAACGGUCAUUCUCGUCGUCGUGGGCGCGCAGCCACAGUGGCAAGACGACUGCCUCACCAAGGUACAGCCGAGAUGGGGGACCGAAGUUGUGCGCGGCUACGGCCUCUCCUGGAACCGCGCAACCAUUUCCUUCGACGUGGUCGCCGUUGGGGAUGUUGGUGACUUGGAAACGUACGGCUGGUUAAUAGAUGAUGAUUGCCAGGAGUCUGCAGUUGGGCUGGUAGGGGAGCUCAACGCCCUCGAGAUCCGCGCUGUCCGUGCCGUCCGACGAUGA